UUGGUAGAAUGGCGUCUAGAGUUCUAAUCUUAUUCAUUUAAAAAGGAUAUAAGUAUAUGAUUUGUGUCCUAAUAUAGCGUUUAAAAGUAAAAUUUGUAAAAUUAUUCAAAAAAAGCAAAAAAUAUGGAGCCUCCAAGCCCCCCGCGCGAUAUAAGUUUAAAAAACUUAAUCGAUAAGUUAGCUGAAUUUGUAGCUAGAAAUGGGCCAGAAUUUGAACAAAUAACAAAACAAAAACAAAAUGGGAAUCCCAAAUUUGAGUUUUUAUUUGGUGGAAAAUAUUUUACAUAUUAUCAACAUCGAGUAACCACUGAACAAUCAAUAUUAAAUUCGCAAACAACGCAUUCAUCAAAUCAAAAUACUCAAGCUAACGCGAAUUCACGUACAUUGAAUCAAACAAAUAUUGGAAACAGCCAAGCAUCAUAUUCAACUCAGCCAAUAAUGACGAGUGUGCCGCAACAAAUACAACCAGUUAAUUGGACAGCAAGUAAUUCAAGUGGGAGUGCAGCAAGUCUUGCAAAUCAAAUAGAAGCUAUUAAUGUUCAGCAAAUGGCAUUAAGAGAACAAAUACAUCAGUCUGAAAAGAAUUUAACAGCUCAACAUUCGGCGUUACGACAGCAACAAGAUAAUCAAAUUGAUGAUGCGAUAGAAAAAGCUCAAAAUGAAUCAUUAGAAUUGCAGGCGGAUGAUAACAAUAUUCGCUUAGCUGAUUUUGACUUAGUGCUGCAACCAAUUAUUGAAUCUUGUACAAAGGACAGUAUUUCAGCAGGCAAAAACUGGAUUUUACAGCAUACAACCGACACAGCAAAAUGCAAUGUUGUAUUACAAUAUCUUUUAAAGAAGGCAUUGCUUAAAGGAUCGACUUUCUCUCAAAAAUUACAUCUUAUUUAUUUAGUAAAUGACGUUCUGCAUCAUUGUGUGAGGAAAAAUGCUAAUGACUUGAAGUCUGAAUUGGAAAAUGUUGUGAUUCCUAUGUUUUGCAGUGCUGAUUUAAUUGCAACGCCAGAGCAAAAGGCAAAAUUGACUAAACUUUUGUCCUUAUGGGAAUCAAAAGCAAAAUUUUUUGAUGCAUGCGUAAUUUCUAAACUGGAGUCCCCAGAAUCAUCAAUGCAAGAAUAUAAAACUAAUUUAAGAAAUAAAUAUAAUGAAUACGUUAAAAUGUGCAUUCAGAAAGUGCAGUCAACUCUAGAGAAUUAUCAGCAGCAACACAAAAUUUUUAUUCAACAUACAACAAAUCAAAUAGCUGCACUUGAAAAUCAAAAGCAAUUAAUUGAAGCUCAAAUAAUGGCUAAUAAUCUUCCAAAUACCACGUUGAUGCCGCCACAAAGCGGGCAGCAAGCUCAUCAAUUCCCACAAAACCAACAACAGUAUCCCCCACAAAAUCAACAACAAUUUUCUCUUCCAAAUCAGCAACAAUUUCCGCAAAAUCAAAAAUCACAACAAGCAAAUCACAAUAUAAUACCAUCCUUGAUUUCCUCAUCUUCCACAACAUAUCCUGAAAAUAAUAUGCCAGAUAAAAAUUCCUAUGAUUCUUAUUUACCUCACAAUAACUUUGAUGAUGCUAGAAAGAUUUUACCUCAACCAUCUCAGCAGCAACCGCCAACACAACAGCAACAGCAACCAUCGCAGCAAACGCAGCAACAGCCUCCACCUCAUAAUAUACAUGAUCCAUCUUUUUCACAUAUAGCAGCAAUUUACUCAAUUAUUGGGAUUCCACAUCAACCUCCACCACAUCAGCACCUUCAACAAGCGCAAUCACAAGGGCAGCAGCAAGCAUCAAGUCGCCAUCCACCGCCAUCAUUAAUGGCACAAGAGUAUCAGAAACCGCCUUCAGAUUCAGAUAUUUCUUUUGGUGCUUUCAUAGAAGCUAGCGUGAAACAAGCUUCGCAACCCACACCAGUUCAAAAUGAAUACAAUAACUACUAUAAUAAUUACCCUAACUCGGAAAAUCAUAUAUUUUCACAGCAACAAACUCACAUACAACAACAGCAGCCACCUCUAGCACCACAACCAAAACCGCCAACGAUUGGUUAUCCAUCCCACUUUAUGCAAACAAGUCAAUCCAAUAAUUUUUCUGCGCCACCACCAAGUUUCCUUAUUCCAGACCUUUCCAAACCACCACCAAACCUGGACGGCAAUCAAUUUAAUUCUACACAAAAUGAUAUGUCUGUAGCAGGAGAUGAAAAUAAAGUUGAAAGCAUGGAUAAAAAUUCAGAAGAAACCAUAAAACCUACAGUUCCAUACUAUGAACUUCCAGCAGGAUUAAUGGUGCCAUUUAUUCGUCUUGAAGAUUAUAAUUAUAAGCCUUUAGAUCCAGAAGAUAUUCGUUUGCCUGCUCCGCAACCUCAAAGUGAAAGAUUGACCAGUGCUUUAGCCGCAUUUUACUCUUUGCCUUCACAUGAUCGUCCUCGGGAUGUUGAGGGUUGGGAGAAAUUAGGAUUAUAUGAAUACUACAAAGUAAAAAAUGCUGCAAAGAAACAAAAAGAGGAAGAAAUUCUGAAAGGUGAAAGACAGAAAUCCAGAUCUCCCACGCCUGUUAUUUUAGAAUCACCAAAACCUAAACGAAAUAACAAGCGACGUUAUAGAUCAAAAAGUCGAGAAAGAUCUAAAUCUAGAUCUAAAACGCCCCCUCGUAGACAAAGAUCGAGAUCCAAUUCACCUUUAUUAGAAAAAACUAAAAGUAGAAGUCGUAAAUCACCAAAAAGGAACAGAGAGCGCGAUAGGGAACGGGAUCCAAUUAGAGAUAGAAAAGACAGAGAACGGGAAAGAUCUAUUUCACCACCUAGUUUCUUUGGAAGUAAUUAUGCAAAGUCAAAUGAAUUCAUUGAAGAAUCAAAUAAAGGUCAUCAAAUGUUGAUGAAAAUGGGUUGGGGUGGAUCAGGCACAGGACUCGGUUCUAAACAACAAGGCAUUGAUUCACCGAUUCAAGGUGGCGAAGUUCGUGAUAAAAAGGAUAUGUACAAGGGCGUUGGUUUAAAUAUGAAUGACCCUUUCGAAAAUUUUCGAAAAAAUAAAGGUGCGGCUUUUAUUCAUCGAAUGAGGACAAGAGCUGAGGAAAAAAGUUAAAAAUUUAACUUUUUUUCCCCUUAGUUUUGAAUAUUAGUUAUUAUAUGAAUAAAAUAUUGAUACUACAAAUAAAUAAAUUUUUGUUUAGGAAAUGAAAUCUUUAAAAUAUUUAAAUCAUAAAUAUUAAACAAUAAAA